UUAUUUCCUUUGAUAUCAACCACAUGAAGACGUUUGUGACCAGAUGUCGCAAUGGCGUCCCCCGCAGAUGAAACAUGUGAGAGGCUCAUCGAAGACUUCCGGCCGCGGCUGCGGCAGCACAUCGUGGUGGAGCAGCUCCUGGAUCAUUUAGAUCUGAUCAGAAGUGACCAGAGGGAGCAGAUCAGACAGAGGGCGAGGGCCGAGGGGAACAUCGCAGCCGCGGACCUCCUCAUCAACGCGGUCACCGGGAGGCCCCAUGCCCCUGGGUGGUUCCGGGCCUUUGUGGAUGCGCUGUCGAAUGCGGGCUGCGACUAUGCAGCGGACCUGAUGCAGGACAACCUCCCAAAACCUGAGGUGGAGGAAGAGAAUGAUUCAUGUGUCCGGCUUAUUCAGUUACUGUCCCCCAGUCUUGUCGAGAUGAAGACUGACGAUGUGGGUCUACACUGUUUCUCUGAAGGCCUUAUUACCCAAGAGGACUCUGAGAUUAUUAAAGCCGAAGUGACGAGCAGGGGGUCCAGGUGUGGAGCCCGUGAACUUCUGAGAUGCAUCGUGAGAGGUCGACCGGGGUGGUUUUCAAAAUUCCUCCAUAUUUUGCGGGAAACCGAGCACCAGGCCCUGUAUGAGCUGACGGGAGGGUCACCUGGCAGUGACAAACAAGGCACGGAUGAGAAACUUCCUCCGCCGAGAGAUGAACCUGCGGGAAGUGAAGCGGCCACGGAGACGAGUCCAGCAGCAUCUGAGAGCUGCCUUAGUCCAAAGUUAGCGGCCAUCGGCGUAACCGACGAUCCUCAGGAUGAAUCCACAGACCUGUACGAAGGACCGAGCGCUGGAUCCGAACAGCUGCUAAAGAGCCCGGACCCCUCGCAACCAGAUGGGACUGCCCCGGCAGCCGCAGCUGGAGGCCCAGAAAACACUGAUAUUGGUCUUCGAGAUUAUCAGAUGGACGUAGCUAGACCUGCCUUGGAGGGGAAAAACAUCAUCAUAUGCCUCCCGACAGGAAGCGGUAAAACCAGGGUUGCAGUUUAUAUUACCAGAAAACAUCUGGACGGCAGGAGGGCCGAGGGGCAGCCGGGGAAAGUGGUCGUCCUCGUGAACAAGAUUCCUCUCGUGGAGCAGCAUUAUUCCGCUGAGUUCUUGCCUUUCCUGAAGCACUCGUAUAAAGUGGAGAGAGUCAGCGGAGACUGCCAGCUCAAAAUCUCUUUCACAGAGAUUGUGAAGAAAAAUGACGUCAUCAUUUGCACGGCCCAGAUCCUGGAAAACUUCUUGGAGCGGUCCAACAAAGGGGAGGAUGAAGGGGUGAACUUAAGUGAUCUGACACUGAUUGUAAUAGAUGAGUGUCACCACACUCAGAAAGGAGACGUCUACAACCAUAUCAUGAUGCGCUACCUGAGGCAGAAGAGCAAUAACACAAAGCUGAAGAAGGAGCAGAAGGAGCCCGUGCCCCUCCCUCAGAUUCUGGGCCUGACCGCCUCACCGGGGGUCGGGGGCGCCACGAAACUGGAGAAAGCGGAGCAGCACAUUCUGCGAAUCUGUGCAAACUUGGAUGCUUCCAAAAUUAUGACGAGGAGCCCUGGGAAAUACAAAAAGGAGCCAAGGAAAAUAACUUUAACUGUUGAAGACAGAAAAGAGGAUCCCUUUGGUGAUGUAAUCAAGAAUAUCAUGAAUGCCAUUCAUACUCAUGCCCAGCUGAGCCCCAGCUGUGACCUUGGUUCCCAGAAUUAUGAACAAUGGAUCGUUGAAAAAGAGCGAAAAGCUGCGACCGGGGAAGAUCACAAAGUGCGGGUUUGCGCUGAAUACCUUCGAAAGUACAGCGAGGGCCUGAAUCUCAGCAACACCAUCCGCAUGUGCGACGCCUUCAGUUUUCUCAACGAAUACUACGAGAAGGAGAUAAAGAGGAAAACCUCCCCAGACGAGGAGCAGUUCAUACAAAUCACAGAAACGGAGCGCUUCCUCUUCAAUUUGUUUAAAGAGAACAAGGAAGAGCUGCAGAGGCUCGCAGAGAAUCCACAUUAUGAAAAUGACAGCCUGUCGAAGCUCAAAAGUACAAUCCUGCACGAGUUCAGCAGCAGGGAGGAGGCCAGGGGGAUCAUUUUCACCAAAACACGCCGCAGUGCCAUUGCUCUAAGCCAGUGGAUUCAGGGAAACUCAAAGUGUGCCGACAUCGGAGUGAAAGCCUCAUAUGUCAUCGGAGGAGGAGCCCAGAGUGUCGUUAAGCCAAUGACCUCUGCAGAACAAAAGGACGUGUUGACUAAAUUCCGCAAUGGUGACGUGAACAUGCUGAUCGCUACCACUGUGGCAGAGGAAGGUUUGGACAUACCGGCCUGCAAUUUUGUUAUCCGGUACGGCCUUGUGACCAAUGAGAUUUCUAUGGUGCAGGCUGAAGGUAGAGGAAGAGCUGAAGACAGCAGUUAUACUGUGGUCGACGUGAAGAACUCUGGUGUGACUGAAAAAGAGCGUGUCAACGAGUACCGCAAGAUUAUGAUGGACAAAGCCAUUGACAAAAUCCGAGCCCUAAAACAAGAGGACUACGAGAAACGGAUCUAUGAGUUUCAGUUUCAGGCGAUAACAGAGGAGAAGGUGAGAAAGAAGAAGAAGAAGCAGAAGGAAAUGAAGAGUGAGAAUCCCUCCGAUGUGAAGUUUAGCUGCCGAGGCUGCAGCAAACACGUCUGCACCGGUGAAGACAUCCAGAUCAUCGAGAACAUGCACCGCGUCAAUGUCACAUCACAGUUUAGUCAACUUUACAUUCAGAGGGAAAACACCUCUCUUCAAGAGCGACUUAUUGAUUAUGAGACCAAUAGCUUCAUUGAAUGCAAGGACUGUCGUCAGAGGUGGGGUGCGAUGAUGUUGUACCGUGGGAUCGAGUGCCCCUGCCUCCACGUGAAAAACUUCGUGGUGACUCUCAGUGGAAAGAAGAUCGCCAAAUGCACCGAGUGGAAAAAGCUUGCCGUCCGGUUUUCUGCCUUUGACUACGCCGAGUAUGCGAGCAACAUGACCGAGAGCUCGGAUGAGGAGGAGGAGGAGGAGGAGGAGACUGAAUGAAUGAAUGAAUGAAUGAAAGCGGAGUAGAAUUGUCAGUGUUCAGGGGAAAAACAUGGAAAAGCAUGAAUUUGAACUGUUACUGCUAUUUUUAAUUUUUUUUUAACGGUUACACUGUCAUAAGAACUGGCGCUUGGCACUUUUAUCGUUUACUGUCUUUUUCCAUAAAUCUCGUACUUUUGCUGUUAUGCUAUGUGCUGAAUGUACAGGUGAAACACUGUAACAGUCACAAAACAUACAGUGUAAGUGUGCAUGACUGGUAGAAAAUGAACUUGGCGGAAAAAAGCAACUAAUAAAAUAAUGAAUAAAUGUC